AUGUCGGUAUUGCAAGAGUAUUGCGUCUACUUGUUAAAGAACUCACCAUCGCAGGAAUAUACCGCGAUCAGGAUCCAUAAAAAGUGGGCUGAGAAUUGGAUCAAUGUAAGUGGUGUACAACUCCAAUAG